GUUCGAUACAGAUCAGUUCAAGUCGACUCCAUUCAACUCAAUUUACCACCCGCACACCACCCACACGUCUAGGUACGCUAAUAUCUCGCUUUACUAUGACCCCUCUCUUUUGCCUCUCUCUUCCACUGGAUCUUUUCUUUCCUCCAACCCAUUCAACAUACAUGGUAUCUACUUCUUUAUGUCUCUUUCUCUCUUCACCAUCCGAUUUACGUCGACUUUUCUCUUUCUCUUCCUGUCCCUUCACUUCGCCAACUUUGAUGUCUCCUUCCUGUCCUGAAUUUCUUUUUCUACUACUUCUUGUUCUUGGCCACCUCCACUCAAUCAGUCAGUCUGCUCGCUUUUGGUUGUCCAGAAUUUACCACACGACACGCGAUGUACCAAUCACCAAGUUGAUUACUUUGCUUUGUUGCUCCAGGUAAAGUGAUUAUUCCACCUUGAUCACUUUCUCUCCUUUCCUUUUCUCGAUUUCAUUGUCUGAUUUGGUGUGCGUGGUCUGAAGCAACUGUGUGGUGAACGACGACAGACGACGACUUCAACGGUAGGCAACAAGCAGGCAGGCAAUAUAAAUGGGCAGCAUGCAGCAGUGAGCAGACAGAGAGGCAGCAGGCGGCAUAGACAGGCAGGCAACGAAAAAGAAAAAUGUAAUGAUGAUGAUGAUGAUGAUGAUUUUCAACUAAACAACAACUGUAACGCGCGGAAGGGGGUAUUUCAAAACGCA